AUGCAACUACGCUACAUCCUGCUGCUGGCCGCGGCCACCCUUGCUACAGCGAGUAGCACGACCUCAGCAGCGAGUGGCACCCGCGACCCCAAGACCCCGACCGUGGCCUCCAACCACCACAUUGAAAAGACGGUGACGGCCCAAGCUGACCACGAGUUCAUGCGGUCCCUGCUUGAGGAUGACGACAACAGUGCUACCCAGGGCCAAACCUUCAUGGAACACAAACUGAAGAAGAUGCUAACGAACCCAAAAAAAGCGAAGCAGCUGUAUCAGCACUGGCACAAGAAGGGAUACACUGCUAAGCAAGUGGCCAGCGACCUUGGCCAGACAGAGAAUCGAGCGCUAGAUCAGACUUACAAGAAAAUAGCGAAAGAGUAUGCAGCGUUUGUCAAGGAGCAAUCUGUAUAG